GUGUCUUGUCUCCGGUAUAAAUUCAAUGUGUUUAUCUGUUUUACAGAGAAAAUGAAACUGAGAAAACACCCAUAAUAAAAAGAAGAAAACAACCAGAAAGAGUGGCAAAAACACCAACCCAACCUGAGAAGGAAACUGAACAAGAAAAAGACAAUGCUGCCAAAAAAAGAAAACGAGCAUUGGAGAUAAUAAUGGAGAAAAGAUCAAAGAAAAGAAAUGAUGGAGCUCAGUCAACAAAUAUUGCUCCGAAUCAGUUUGACUCUCCACAGGGACAAAAUGAUUUCUCUCAGACGGUGCCAACUGUAAAUAUUGAUAGUGAUCAAGUCUUACAGACACAAGGAAGCUUUACACCUUCUGUAGAUGCUGCAAGCAAUACCAGGAAAAAUACCCCGAAAAGCCCGGUCAAAUAUUUUAGAAAAAAGAAAAUCUUCCCAAGAAAGACGUCUAAAACUCCACAAGUAGCUAUACCUGAAUCUGAAGUACAAAUCGUUGAGUUUCAACAACAAACUCGUUCUGAACCUUUAGAAAUACCUCCUCUUGCAUUGUCUCUUCCAAGUUUAGUUCAGGAAGAGUUGAUGAAGGAUGACUUCAUCUAUGUCCCUCCACAAGAGGAAACACAACAAACAUCUAAUAAUAACUGCCCUCAAGAAGCUGAAAAGCAGGGUGUUACAGUAUCUCUUACGAGUUCUGUAAUUGAAGACUUAAUGAAAGAUGACUAUGUGUAUGAAGUUUCUAAUGAAGACCCUGCAAAAGAACAAGAAUAACAAGCCCAAGAACCAACGGUGCAACAAGAAUCAGAACAAGAAGCACCUGUUAAUGUACCUCUGGAACAGCCGUGCGAAUAACCAACAGAGCAAC